AUGUCCUCUCCAUGCUUCAUCGUCCCACCCCACCUCCUCCGCGCAAUCUCAGAAUCCUCCCAAAACCCCGACCAAGUCCGCAAAGCAGCCGCACAAUCCCUCGCCGCUCAUACAGAAGUACGAAGCGCCAGACAGGAACACAUAGCAUACCUUACACAACCUCGCGGAGCCAAGGAAGGAGGACGCCCCGUCCAAACUUCGCCAUUCAUCCCCGAGCAUCUCCUCAAGCAACUGGCGACGUCGGAUUCAGUCGACGAGGAAACUCGCUCCCGUGCCAAGAAGGACUUGUGCCAUCUCCAAGAAAUCUUGGGUAAAAUCCCUGCUGUACAGCAAGCUCUCGCAGCUCGCGAAAGAGCUCGGAGGGAAUCUGCAGAGGCAAUCUCUCGUGCCGUGUACGACGCAAGGCAUUCACAAAACACUUCCUGGCUUCCCGGCAAGGAACAACGUACCGAAGGAGAACCUGCAGUUGAAGACGAGGACGUCAACGAGGCCUAUGACAACGUGGGUCAUGUUCUCAAAUUCUACAAGGAAUUCUUCAAUUGGAAUUCAAUCGACAAUAAGAACAUGAAAGUCGUCAGUACCGUUCAUUUCGGUGACCACUUUGAAAAUGCUUUCUGGUUUCCGUCCAAGCAGCAAAUGGUGUUUGGCGAUGGCAACACGUUUCUACGCAACUUUACUGGCUGCAUUGAUGUGAUUGGGCAUGAAUUGACCCACGCCGUCACGGAUUAUACAAGCCCUCUCAACUACAACGGCCAGUCCGGUGCUCUUAAUGAGCACGUAUCAGAUGUCUUUGGAAUCCUGGUGAAGCAGAGGGUUGAGAAUGAGACAGCAGAGACGGCCGACUGGCUCAUUGGCGAAUAUUGUCUCCUGCCUGGUGUGAAAGGAGUCGCUCUGCGAAGCAUGAGAAAUCCAGGAACGGCAUAUGAUGACCCACGAUUCAACAAAGAUCCCCAGGUAGAUAAUUUUUCCAAGUACCAAGUCAUGGAGAACGACGAUGGCGGCGUCCACAUUCACUCUGGCAUACCCAACAAGGCAUUCUUCCUGGUUGCUACGGCAUUCAAGGGCUUCUCGUGGGAAAAGGCGGGCAAAAUCUGGUGGCAGACCAUGAUUUGCGGCAAGGUACCGGUGAACUGCACGUUCCGACAGUUUGCCGACGUUACCGUUGAGUGUGCAGAGGAGUUGUUUGGUGAAGAGGCUGCGAGGACGGUGCGCGAUGCCUGGACCCAGGUCGGCGUUACUCGAGGUAUCUGA